CCCUUUCAGUCGCCAUGUCGUACAGUACGAUGGUAAACAUGUUCUAACCUCAUUUUGAGUGCCAAGUUCGCACUUUCGCAGUAGUUAAUUUGUAAGGCAAAAAACAUACAGUGGGUUGUGUGUGAAUGGAGAGUGAUUAAAUAGAAUAAGAUGAACAUUAAAGAGAAAGAAAAGUACUUGGAAGAGUUUAAUUUUCCAUUUUGUGAUGAAUCAUCAAAAUAUGAAAAAGUUGCCAAAAUAGGGCAAGGAACUUUUGGGGAAGUUUUCAAGGCUCGCGAUAAGUUGAACAAUAAAAGGUAUGUUGCCAUGAAAAAGGUAUUGAUGGAAAACGAAAGAGAAGGUUUUCCCAUCACGGCACUUAGAGAAAUUCGAAUAUUGCAACUUUUGAAAAAUGAAAACAUAGUCAAUCUCAUAGAAAUAUGCAGGACUAAAGCAACUCAAAAUAAUAAGUAUCGCUCAACAUUUUAUCUUAUAUUUGACUUUUGUGAGCACGACCUUGCCGGUUUACUUUCAAAUGUGAAUGUAAAGUUUAGCUUAGGAGAAAUAAAAAAGGUUAUGCAACAAUUAUUAAACGGAUUGUAUUAUAUACAUAGCAAUAAGAUUUUACACAGAGAUAUGAAAGCAGCAAAUGUUUUGAUAACAAAAAAUGGUAUACUGAAAUUGGCCGAUUUUGGACUUGCCAGAGCAUUUAGUAUAAACAAAGGCGGCCAAGCAAACCGUUACACCAACAGAGUUGUGACCUUAUGGUACAGGCCACCAGAACUACUUUUGGGUGACAGGAAUUAUGGGCCACCGGUUGACUUAUGGGGUGCUGGCUGCAUAAUGGCCGAGAUGUGGACUCGAUCACCAAUAAUGCAAGGAAAUACAGAGCAACAGCAGCUGACUCUUAUAUCGCAACUUUGUGGUUCCAUAACGCCUGAUGUUUGGCCGGGAGUAGAUCAAUUAGACUUAUUUAAUAAAAUGGAAUUAAUUCAGGGCCAAAAACGAAAAGUGAAAGAAAGGCUAAGACCUUAUGUUAAAGAUGCCUAUGCAUGCGAUUUGUUGGACAAAUUGCUGAUUUUGGAUCCCAGCAAAAGAUUCGAUUCUGACACAGCUUUAAAUCACGAUUUUUUUUGGACUGAUCCAAUGCCUUGUGAUCUCAGUAAAAUGUUGGCCCAACAUACUCAGAGUAUGUUUGAAUAUUUAGCUCCACCGAGAAGAGCAGGACACAUGCGUCAUCCACAUCAUCCAGUGCCUACAGGAUCGACGAAACCCAGUUCUACUGUAGCAGAUACAAGCUACCAAGAUCGUGUUUUUUAGCAAAUUCAUUGUUAUAAGCAGAAUUUUAAUUUUCAACAGUGAGAUGUGACCUAUUCAAUCUGCUGGACAAAGAUGCCUAUUUAUAGA